UUGAUGAUAGAGUGAGAUAUUCCAGCUGAGGAAAAUGGCCGCCCAGGUGUCGAACAUUCGAACAUCAGACGACUUCCGUGAUCUUCAAGACUUUUCCAGCCUCAAGUAUCAUUGAUGUCGGCGUUUCUUAGCUCUAAAACUUCAGCAUGAACUUCUUAAAAGGAUCAGGCCCCACAGAGGAUGAGAAGGCAGAACACAGAGUCAUCAAACACACACUCAGCAGUCAGCUGUCCAGAACCAUCAAAAGGUUGCAACAGGAGCACAUUGGAUCAGAUUCAGCUGUUCGAAGCGGAGACCAUGGCAAUGCUAUCUGUAACGUCCUGGAAGCCAUCUUUCUCCACGGGCUCAAGGCUUCCUUUGCAACUAAGAUCUCAGGGAUGUUUGGCUCAGGGAAGGAGGAGAAAGGGCCAGUCAUGAGUUUCUGGCCGUUUGUGAUGCACUUUACCCACAAGGACGUGGUUUCCCAACUGAACCACCUCGCACACAUCACCACGGAGAUCGGACAGUGCAGGGCAUGGAUCAGACUGGCCCUGAACGAUGGUUUGAUGGAGAGUUACGCUGAAGCCAUGCUGAGAGACAAGGAUCUUCUCAGGUCCCACUACAGGUCUAUUGCCUACCUUAGAGAUGAGGAACAUCCCACUAUCAUGAAGAACCAUCUGCAAGGAUUGGAGGGUUUCCAGUUCCAGCUGUCAUACAACUCCAGUGUGCUGAAUGACUGGGGCGUGUCCUCUCUCACACUGGCUGGGCUCUGGUCUCCCCAGGCUCCUGAGGCUGUCACACCAUCUUCCCCAGAUGUUGCUAUGGAGGCCACAGAGGGAGAUGACCCCACUCUGCCCUCUCAGCAGGCAGCCAGGGAGGUCAGACAGGUCAAGUCAGGUCGCAGAGGUCAGAGGUCAUCACGGAAGACAGCCGAGAUCCUGGAUCCCGAGGUGGGAUCAGUGGGAUCCUCCGUUACCAUGGAAACGGUAGAAACAUCUGCCGAGCAAGUUUUGGAUGUCGACAGGACCGCCAACCCCAUGGAGAGUACAACAGGUGAGAAAGAUGAGGGCAACAGUCAGGAUUUCCUAAGAAGUGAGGAGCCAUCUUCUUAUGAUUCUGAGACUGCUGUCAAGGAACUUGUGGAAAGCAAAUCGUCUUCAGGGAAUACUAGUAAUUCUCAGAGUGCCGUGAAGAGCCAGGAAGUCUCGGAGUCCCCCCAGUCUGAAGACAAUGUUGAGGAGCUCAUGGGUCUUCAAACUUCUCAAAUUCCAGUGGAGGCAGCACCAGCAAUCAACUCAGUUGCCACUCCAAGUGGUGCUGUGUACCCAGCGGGAACUGUGGAGAGAGAUGGUGUUUUUACUGUCAACAAAAACACUGAAGAAAAUGUUUAUCUAACUGGGGAUAAACAGAACUCUGUGGAAACACAGGUUGUUCAGCAAACACUGCCAGCUGAAUCUACCCUGUCUCUACCAGUGCAAACUUCAGAAUUACCAGAAGGAACGCAGGAGAAAGAGGCCAGGUCGGAAACUCUGACUUCUCAGGACAUGUACUAUGACAUCUACAGCAGGAGCCGGACCGAGACAGAAGCUAGCAUCACAUCCCCAGCCUCUGAUUACGAGGGGGAGGGCACAGUAAAUGUAGCAGGAGAUUCGUCAGCUGUGAGGAGAAUUGCUCAGCAGGCUUCACAACAACAAGGGCUAACUACUCCUGAGAGCAUGGAAAGUGAUGAGGGUGUGGCAGGCUACGGUAGCUAUGGCAACAGCCUGGGGGUGCGAUCUGGUUGGUCGUCGGCUGGGACGAAGGACAGCCUCCCUCCUGACCCCAGCAGACACAGGGCACCAUCCUCAUCCAGGGGCAGUUUUGACUCCCUACUGAAGAGUUACUCCCCCCAGGGCAGCCUGGCCACAACUCCAGGUAUGCAGGAGAUCUUAGAGACACUGGCUGGGCCUGAGUCUGGAGCUGUGGAGGAACAGGAACCAGCUAGUAGCCAUUUGGAAGAAAGUGAUGAGUUAGACAGAGAAGAGUUUGAGGUUCUGCCCCUGGGCUCCUCUGUGACUUCUGGACAUGCAGACCCUAGAACGAAGGAACUGAUGGCCCAGCUGACGUCCAUCGGCAGAGAGAAGGGCCUCGAUGUGCAGAACUUCAAGUGCAAGGAGUGCGAGAGGCAGAUUGGGCUGAUUUUUGGGAAGUACCGAGUGUGUAACUAUGACGGCUGUUACUACUGUGAGGAGUGUCACGUUAAUGAAGAAGCCAUCAUCCCAGCCCGAAUCAUCCUCAACUGGGACUUCAAAAAGCACAAAGGAUUUUAUCCCUGA